AGUUCCUCAAAUAUUACCUAAAUAUACCAGAAUGUCACACACUGUCGUUACUACUACAACCACAACAACAACAACGUCCAGCUCGGAUGGAAGAUUUUGCAACAUCGGUUAUGCGCGUUCAUUUCAUGGAUUACUGAAAAUCGCCCAAGUGGUGGUCCUCCUGAUUGCUUUCCUUUGUGUGUACUGUGAGCAACGUCGGCACGAAUACUCUGCCUUCCGCUAUUUUGAGGUGGUCACUGCGUGGUUUCUCAUAGUCUUUUUAAUCUUCUUCCUCAUGUAUUUGUUUCGACUUCAAAGCAAAAUCACAUGCAUCAACUGGACAUUGACGGAGUUUUUACAUUAUGCUGUGGGAGGAAUCCUGGUGUUUAUAGCCUCUAUAGUUGCAGCCGUGAAGAGUUAUGGGAUCUCAGCUUUAAUCGCUGGAUCUGUGUUUGGCUUUAUAGCUACUUGUCUUAUUGCAGUCAGCAUAUGGACUUCUUAUAAGGUCACAUGUGGCUCUCAACCAACUGGUGCUGCAGUGUAACCGGAUGGAAAAAACUGUCUUAUCAGCUGGAAGUAGCA